CAGUGGGAGUGAUACUGAAGAAAAAUAAGCAUAUGUGCGCGUGAGAACAGGGUGUUGCCUAUGUAUAAAAUCGACCAGUAGUCAAAAGAAAAGUAAUUAGAGAAUCCGGAUUAAAAGAUGAAGAAUUCUUUGGAACACCUGUUCAUCUCUUCGGUGUUAAUUCUUUGCCUUUCGUUUACAUUUACAAAUGGAAGCUCUCAAACAGAAGACAGCAUUUCACAGCUAUCAAAACUUUUCAGUAACUUACAAGAAAUCCAUGGAACAAAGCAUAAACAAGAGGAAAACACCAGGGACAGACUACGAUCAGAUACCAGAAAACAACGCAGUGAAAUAGGACUGAUUCUAGCUCUCGGUACUCCAGUGAACAUGGAGUCAAUGGCGGAUAGUGACAAAGUUUUGGAAGGGGACAAACAUACAGACGACCUAGACAAGAGCGACUGGGACAUUGAUUUCGAUGACGAGGAACAGGAAGUCGACAAGCGCCAAGGAGCCUGGGAUUAUGAAUACGGUCUCGGGGGUGGCCGGUUUGGAAAGCGAUUUGAUUACUCUUUUGGUGGCGGCCGGUGGGGGAGAGACACCGAUCAUGUGAAACAAGAAAAUAGUGAUUAAAAAAAUUAUCAGAAUUCUUCCUAGAUAGGUAUCUUUAAUUUCACGUUUGUGUCGUUGACCUAUUUAAGUGUGACUUUAUUGGUUUGAAAACAGAAAUCCAAGAAUACUCAGUCAUAUCUGAUAAUAAACAAAAUUCAUCAGUUCAAAGCAUUUCUGUAGCAAAUCGUUUCAUGUGUUUUUAAAUUGAGAUCAAAUAUCUUGUGUGGAUUAAGGGAGAAAUAUAUUUUCGUUUGAACAUAUAUGCGAGCAAAAAUAUACAUGCCUGUUUGAAGUUAUAUAACUAGUUUUUUUUAUUAUGAUUUGUCAGUACUACAGUGUAAGUGGAUAUUUUAGCGAGACGCAAAUUUAGCGAUUUCUCCUUAAAAUUUAAAAUUAAAUUUCUCCUUUAAUAUUUUAGUUUGAGCGAUAAGUAAUUUUAGAGAUUUUAAAAUACUCACUAAAGGAGCUUUUACACAUAAAACGCUAUUAAUUUUUAGCUGUGUUCAAUUUUAGCGAUCUCAGCACACUUGCUGAUAAUGCCAAAAUUAAAUUCUUGGUAAAAUUCCCAUUUAUACUGCAUUUAAAGAGCUUUUCAUGUUUAUUUUUAUUACGUUUCAAAUGUUCAUUAUACACGAUAGUAGAAUACUAAUUCAUUAAAUACACCGGAGACAAAAAAAAAAUCUGCAUCAAA